AUUGUAUAAAAUCUAUACUGUUAGAUGUAACAUUAAACUAGUUUACAUUAAACAUUUUCUUAUUUUUCUUUACAGCAACAGCAAGUCACUUAUCCAAAUGUUCAGAAAAAGAGAAGACAUAUUGUGUCAAUGGAGGCGAAUGCUACGUGAUCAAGGGAAUCACAAGCAGUGGCACGACAAAAUACAUGUGCAAGUGCAAACCAGGAUUCAUGGGAGCACGAUGUACUGCGACUGAUCCUCUGAGAGUCAUAAGAGCAGAAAAGCAUCUUGGAAUUGAAUUUAUGGAAGCUGAAGAAUUGUACCAGAAACGAGUGUUGACCAUUACCGGCAUCUGCAUUGCCCUGCUUGUAGUUGGCAUCAUGUGUGUUGUGGCCUACUGCAAAACAAAGAAACAGAGAAAAAAGUUACAUGAUCGUCUUAGACAAAGCCUUCGCUCAGAACGGAACAAUAUGGUGAACAUGGCAAAUGGUCCACAUCAUCCAAAUCCACCACCAGAAAAUGUCCAGCUGGUAAAUCAAUAUGUUUCCAAAAAUGUUAUAUCCAGUGAACAUGUGAUAGAGCGGGAAACAGAAACAUCGUUUUCUACAAGUCAUUAUACGUCAACAACACACCAUUCAACAACAGUUACGCAAACACCAAGCCACAGCUGGAGUAAUGGCCAGUCAGAAAGCAUUAUUUCAGAAAGUCACUCGGUGAUUGUGACAUCUUCUGUAGAAAAUAGUAGACAUACAAGUCCUACAGGACCAAGGGGGCGAUUGAAUGGUAUUGGAGGCCAUAGAGAUUGCAGCUAUCUUAGACAUGCUAGAGACACACCAGAUUCAUAUAGAGAUUCACCACACAGUGAAAGAUAUGUUUCAGCAAUGACCACUCCAGCUCGCAUGUCACCAGUGGACUUCCAGACUCCAAUAUCCCCGAAAUCACCUUCAUUGGAGAUGUCUCCACCAAUAUCUAGUUUAGCUGUAUCAGUUCCCUCUGUGGCUGUCAGUCCAUUUAUUGAAGAAGAAAGACCAUUGCUUUUGGUGUCACCUCCAAGGUUACGGGACAAGAGAUAUGACUUAUAUUACCACCAUCACCAUUAUAACCAGCAGUACAAUUCCUACCAUCACAACCCUGCCCAUGACAGCAGCAGUCUGCCACCAAGUCCUUUAAGAAUAGUGGAGGAUGAGGAAUAUGAAACCACACAAGAGUAUGAGCCGGCCAUGGAGCCUGUAAAGAAACUAGUCAACAGCCGGAGGGCAAAAAGAACAAAACCCAAUGGCCACAUUUCCAAUAGAUUAGAACUGGACACUGACACAAGCUCUGAGAGCAGUACAUCUGAGAGUGAAACAGAAGAUGAAAGAAUAGGCGAGGAUACACCUUUUCUGAGUAUACAAAAUCCCCUGGCGACCAGCAUAGAGUCAGCCAGUGCAUACCGACUUGCAGAAAGUAGGACUAACCCAACUAGCCGAUUCUCAACGCAAGAAGAGUUACAAGCAAGGCUGUCCAGUGUAAUAGCUAACCAAGACCCUAUUGCUGUAUAA